AUGUGGUUCCCGUUCCCCAGCGACUCCCCGGAGGACCAGACGACCCAUAACAGCAUGGUGGAGGACUGUUACCAGUGCCUGCUGGCCAUCGGCGCCACCCAGCCGGGCCGGACUCAGCUCAUCGCAAGGGACUCGGUACCGGUGCUGUGUCAGGCGGUCAUCAAGAAGAUGUAUGGCUAUGCCCAGGCUAUGCAGAUUAUGAGACAGCUGCUGGUGGAACACGGGAGGGAACUGUGGAACAAACAUGGAGACGCACUCACACAACUACUCACAGCCAUGGCCAAGGAGUUCACAGAUGCAGAUGACAUCAGCAAGUUUGUCCUGUGUGAGGAUCUGGGCCUUCUGCUAUCAGGGAGAGACAAGGAUGCUGGAGACUUUCUCCACUACAACUGGGCGGAAGACGUCUUGAACGGUCUCUUAGACAUCCUCGGGAGUUACAUAGGCCCAGAGCAGAGAAACCCUGCCCUGGAGCUGGCCUCCCUGAUGCUGGACCACCUCAGCCCAGAACAGAGAAACCUUGCCCUGGAGCUGGCCUCCCUGAUGCUGGACCACCUCAGCCAAGAACAGAGGAACCCUGCCCUGGAGCUUGCCUCCCUAAUGUUGGACCACCUCAGCCCAGAACAGAGAAACCCUGCCCUGGAGCUUGCCUCCCUGAUGCUGGACCACCUCAGCCCUGAGCAGAGAAACCCUGCCCUAGAGCUGGCAUCCCUGAUGCUGGACCACCUGGGUAUCGAGUGGGCGAUGUCCUGCAAUGUCAAGUUCGUUCUGCUGCUGGUGAACUUGGCCUGUGUGGAGGUCAGGAUGGUGCUGGAGGACCCCGACAUCAAACAGGUUUUCCUGAAGUCUUCCCUGAUGUCCGCCUGUUAUAACAUCCUGGAGUCAGCCAUCAUGUUCGCGUCCGUGACCCCUGACCUCCCGCUGGACCCCAAACAGAUCGAGCAGUUUGUUGAGUCUCUGCAGGGCGCGUACGUCGGGGUCACGUUCUUCCUGGCUCAGGUCGCACAACAGCCGCAGGACACGUGGUCCCACCCACUAGUGACGGCGUCAGUGCGAGUUUUGGGGGCGUGGCUCGCAGAGGAAACCUCAGCGCUGAGGGAGGAGGUCUACAGGAUCCUGCCGUUCCUCAUCAAACUGGGGAGCUUGUCCUUAGAUGACCCUGAGGACCAGUCCAAAGUAGCCGCGGGGGUGUCCAGCCUGUCUGAGGGGAUGGAGGAGUUGGACUUGCACACAGAACCAGGGAAGGAAAGAUAUCUCCCCAAGUCUGGGGUACUCAGCUUCCUGCUGCCCGGCCUGUGCCACCUGACGGCUGAAACCCGACCCCGAACCAUCCUGAUGCAGGCACAGGUGCACCAGGUGCUGGCCAGGUGUCUACAGCUGCACCUGUCCAGCUUCCUCAGCACCAAGGCACACCAGUCAGAGAUGGCGCUGCGCACCCUGUGUGGGAUCUUCCUGAAUCUGCUGGUGCUCAGUCCAGAACAGGUGACCUCUGACCCCACCGUGGCGGGCCUGCUGCACAGGAUCAUGGGAGCAGUGCCACAGUUAGGUUGUCCGGAACACACCGUGCUGCUGGCCAACUUUGUGGUGCUGUGUCUCAUGCAGGCCAGACAUGUCACAGACCUGCAGGAGACGGAAGUGACCAGACAGUUCUUCAGCACUGCAGUGGAGUUCCUGGGCGGGGCGUACCAUGUCACCCGCGGGGGUGAGCAGCAGCACUUGUCAGUCUCGCCUGCGUACACCCCCCACUGGGAUAGUAUCUCCGAACUAUGGUUCCUGGGCAUGCAAGCUCUGGUGUCGUGUAUUCCCCAGUUGCCAUGGUUACCUGGGAUCUUCCUAGAAACCGGCCUGUUGAAGAAUGUUGUUGCCCUGUUACAGGACAUCCCAGGAGGGGAAUUUGACCUUGACACAGUUGACCUCUACCAGAACAUGGUGGUGGAAGUUGCAAAGCAUGAUGGGAGAUGUCAGCAGUGGCUGCAGCAGAAUGGAGGCUUGGAAGUUGCAAGGUCCCUGGGGAUGGAGGAGCUUCUCCAGUGUCUCCUGUCAGCCCAGUCCUGAGUUCCGGGAACAAUGCCCUUCUCUAGCAGGCUUUUUUCCGGGAAAAUGAAACAUUGUGGAGCUUUUAGAGCGCCUGCCUCCGUCUCAUCUCCUGCGAUGGAAGAUUGGACCGUAACCCGAUUAGCAUCGAGCGAGCUGCAGCCGGCAGAAUCACCGUAUAAUGCAAUUAUAGAUUUUCAAUCAUCGACCGUAAUUUUGUGCCUGCACUUUGGAGGCACAGGGGAAAUCGGGGAGAGAACCCAGAGGUUUUACGCCGAACAGAAACGCUUUUCUGCACUUCGGAGGAAAGUUUGCGGCGGGGGCGACGCUCGCAGGAACUUUGGGGUGGCGUGUGAUUGGGCCGCGGCGUCUGGCACGGGGAACGGAAACGGAAUGUCGGCCGAGAUGACAUCAUGAGAUUUCCCGCGAGGAGCGAGCUGUUGUUCAUCUUUACUCGCAGAGAUAUAUUUUUUUUUUGUUCUCUGAACAGCAGAAGAAGAUGGAAUGAUAAACAUGUACUUUAUACGCAUCACAAAGAAAAUACAGAAGAACAUUGUUUAUAGCUUUAAUUGUUGGUGGCAGGUGGGAAAAUGUUCAGAGGUUUAAGUAAAUAUAUGCUAUUUUUGUAUCUGAGGCUUUGUGGAAAGCACUGCGAAGCUCUAUUCUAUGGGAAUUUUCUUCGUUAAGUUGGAAAUUUCAUUUGCGGACGUCACAGACUUGUUAAUGUGCCUAUCCUCCAGCCCUGCCCUCCAGGUUUCAAUUGCAGGCCUAAAAAUUCCAGCGGAAUCGAAUCUUCUGACCAAAAUUCCAUUAUUUCAUUCCGCUGACAGGAGGACCAAUUACCAUUACCCCCCUCUCAGCAGCCGGCUUGUUUUCACUUGUAAUGUUAAGUAAAGACAUUCUGCCCCUUAAUGUUGUUUGGAUACUUAACGUCGUUACCGGCUAUUUAAGCCCCGAACAUUAAAUUGUGCAGCGGUUCGAGCAGGAUGAAUGUCCUGAGAUGAUGCGGUUAUCUGUGGGGAGGGGGGAAUCCUUGUCUAGUCUGGCUUCAACCAUAGUUUCAGACAUCUUACUAUUCUUUCUAAGGUAUUGACCAAGAACAAGACUAUGUUAGAAAACGGGGGGAAAAUGUUAGGCCUAGAUAUUAAAUUGUGUAGUGGUACAAGUGGGGAUGAGAGUCCUGGAAUGCUAUCUUUGGGGAAAGAAUAAUCCUUGUCAGUUCUGGCUCCAACUGUAGUUACAGGCGUCUUACCAUUCCUUUUAUCGUAAGGUUUUCAGAGAGCCUAUGUUUGGCACACCACAUUUGUGUUGAGGCAGGUUUAUGACUUGAUCACAUCCUUGUUGCAGAUGCAGAUGUUGCAUCCAGACUUCAGCUGGCUAAUGGUCAUGGCUAUAUACAUUGUAUGUAGGUCCUUUUCAGCAUUUCUGACAAGCUUUGCUAAAAGUCUGUGGACAGGCGUCAAUGUCUGCACAAAUUCAGCUCCUUGUGAAAGAAGUGGUUGCCAUGUGUCCUUUUUGGCUGUUCCAUCAAAGCCUCGCCGAAAAUCCUUCCACAAAAGCGUAAGAUUAAUAUUUGAUAUAGUUUUAAAAGCACUCUUUUUUAUGUUGAGCAAUACGAAUGUGGAAAUGGAGCGAGAUGUAUUCUUAUUAAUUACCUUUGUAACAAUUAAACAUUUACAAUACAGGAGAGGGUAACGGCAGUACGUGUAUUCAGUCUGUUUAUUGACUGGGUAGCUUCUUACUUUGCUAUGUUGAUCAACAACAAGAGUAACAUCCACAAUAAAUAUAUCAGCAAGUGGUAAUAAAUAAUGGAAUAAAUCA